AUGUGCUCUCUAAUGAGGCGAAGCGGAAGGGCCCAGCUGAUUGUAUGGGACCGUUCUGGUCGCCAUCCCGUUGAUCCAGGAAUUGAGUCUGCCGCAGAAAUGCUUAGGGGUUUGGAAAUUGGCAACAAGUACAGUAUAGAAAAGGAUCAUUAUUCUCAACCGGACCUUUACCAGGAAGACGUGAGCGCUCGUCCAGCCGUCAGCCUCAAUCCGCAACGGCUAGUGAAGUUCCUCAUCGAAGAAGAAAUAUAUUUUUCAUGA